AUGCAGAGUUCAAAUCUGGUCAAUAAUAUAAGAUGGUCAUUUGCGAAUUCAUCCUCCGAUAGAAUCCUUCAUGAUGAUGCAUGGCGUGGUGCAGAAACCGGAAGGUGUGGAGCUGUCAAGGGAAUGAGCCUGUACGAAAUGCACUGUUAUAAAUGCAGCUUCGGGUUUUUGGACUUCGAGGUUCUCUAUUGGACACCUAUUCGAUUACUUUCACUGUUGUCAUCGCCUCUCAGCAUUCAAGGAGAUCUUGAGCUUCAACAGUCGAUUAAAAUGAAGAAUCCUCAAAAAGCCAAAAAUCGAUCAUCUCAAACCAAAAGAACAUCAGUGACACACGAAGACCUAUUCAAUCGCCUACCUGAUGAAGUCCUCCUCGAGAUCAUAAGAUACCUGGUCGAUGAUCGGAGUGAAUAUGUAGAGAAUCAAGCCAAGAAGAUGGAACAGGGAACUACUCUUAUGUCUGGAGAGGAGACUGUUCUAUGGAUUUAUGAACAUAAACCUAAAUCUCCUAUCUUGUCUAGCUUCCAAUCUUUUUCUAUCGUCAAUUGUAGGGUUCAUUCGAUCUGCGGACCUAUUUUGUGGAAGUCUGUCAGAUUUCCUUCUCAAAUGUCCACUCCAAUGUCCUUCUGGAAUCAGAAAAUCUUACCUAGACACGGAUGUCAUGUCGAAAAAUUAGAGGUCGGGUUGAGAAGGGAAUGGCUCAAGGUACUGCCGGAACUUGAUUCAAUCGAGCAAGCGGCUGAGGACCAAAUUCGACGCCGCUAUUCACUGCGCUCUUCGGCCGAUGUAUCCACAAUCAGAUUUAUUGAAGAGGAUAAAGAUUACUGGCAGGUUGAUAGUGUUCAUUCUGACAAUCUAGCCGUCGACUGUAAGGAUAAAUAUGGGAUUUCUGCCCCUGGCACAGAAAUUCCUACGAGACAUAACCUUGGAGGCAAACAGAACAGCGCGCUCCGCAAAUUAUGUGGACUGUCUCCCGAAAACCUUCUCAAAGUACUUUCUCAGUGCGAAAAGCUUACCACCCUCCAUAUCGAUUGUCCACCUCAUUCACACGACCCCGAAACGGAUGUGCACAACUUGGGUUGCAAUCUUACCGGAUUACUUUCUCAUCUCGGACAUCUUCAACAUCUUAAGAUUCGAGGUGAUCCGGACCAACGUACAGCUGUAAAGUGCUUCUUUGAACCAAUAAAACGCGUCCCGCUCCUUGAAUCUCUCGAGCUUGCGUAUUUUCAUCACGUAGGGCCUGAGCUCACUGCCAUUCUUUUGGAUCUGAAAAACCUCAAACAUCUUGUUUUAAAGAACGCUCUCCUCUUUGACUGGGAUUGGAGCCGUCGGGGUCCUCCUCAUUUAGUCAACCUCGCAAUGCUCGAGUGUGCCACAUUCUUUUUAUCAGAUGCACCUACUGCCAUCAGUACUUGGGCGCCUAACCUAACUCAUUUGGAGCUCUACUUUGAAGACAACUUUUGCAUUCGAGAUGACCUUACCGAGUUUGACCCACAUCGCAAUCAAUUUUGUCUUCCGGCUUUGACACAUUUGAAGAUUUGGCCUCAUUCCGACUGUCGGUAUUUCCACUGCUUCAAGGAUUGUAAAAAUCUACGUCACCUCACAUACUAUCAACAUUGGGGUCCCCACGGUGAUGCUUCAGCUGAUCUGUCGGAAUUUUCAGACUUCAUCACCACCAAUGUAUUCCCUCAACUCAAGGUCAUAGUUAUAACUCACUGGUCCGAACUUCCACCUGCUGAUGUGGCUACUAUACUGUCAUCAUUAAAAGUUUUCUGCAACUCGCGAGGGAUUGAAUUGGAUUAUGACCCACCCUACGCUGAUCGAGAGGAUAGAUUGUUUUUUAAGUGA